CUCGAAAAUCAAAAAUAAUAAAAUUUAUCAUCCUGUCAUCCAGGGAACCGGGUGCGGGUUCACUACAUAAAAUAUUCGUGGCUUCGUGCCGUCUCGUCAGCCUGUAGCUGACAAUUACUAUUUGCGUCUUGUGAACCUACAACUGUUCAACAUUUAACAUCAACAAUAAUUAUUGACGUCAAUCCAUAGAAUAAAGAUUGGAAAGCUAAAUUGCUGCAGACCGUGCGUUUGUUAUUGUCAACAGUAAAUAGUAAUUUACGUCAGGGUGAACUGUUCCACUGUACAAAUAAUAAAAUAAAAAUACUUUAAAUUGUCCGUCCGUUCAAGAGACUUAAGUGACAAUGGCCAAUCUACAUUCCGGCUCUCCGCAACAGCAACAGAAACCGUCUCCAGAUUCAGUGUUUUAUCAGUUCUCGCCGGAAGAAACUAGAGUCAUGAACGAAUGCAACAAAGAAAGUUUUUUCCAGAGGAGCUUGCCAUUAUCGCUGAUCACAGGUGCUAUUUCGUAUGCUGCUGUCAAUGCUGGUUAUUUAAAGCGGAAUGUGAAAUGGGGCCCAUGGCCUAAAGUUAUGUUUGGUGGUCUGGUUGGUUAUCUAGUUGGUAAAUAUUCUUAUCAAACUAUAUGUGCUGAGAAAUUAAUGCAGCUACCUAAUAGUGAACUUGGACGAGUUCUCAGAGAGCGCAGAGGAAAAGCAAGUGGUGAACUUUUCCAGGGAAGUGCCAUUAGUCCCACGAUCUAUACAUCUGGAACUGAUACACCAGCGCUUGUGACAGACUAUAAAUCUGAAAUGGGUAUGGAUAUGCAUAAACCUAUGAAUUCUUUAGAUACAGAUUAUAGACCCAAUUAUGAUGGUUUACCACUUAGGAAGGAUAAUGAUAUUUCAAUGUCAAAUGUUACACCUACUUCAUAUGAUGAUCUUAGGAAUCGUAAUAGACAAGACUAUGAUAGAACACAACCAAAUAAAAUGGCAUAUAGGCCUCCGCCUCCAUCAAAUACGCAACCAAUAUGGGAUAAUCAACCUUAUCCACCAUUGGAUCAACCGAGGACACCUCAACCCAGAGAAUCGCGUAAUCAGUAUGGAGAUGUUGUAUAGUAUAACUGAAGAUAAAAUCGUUUCCCAUUUAUUAAAUGUAAUAUAAUAUUAGUUUUGUUUGUUAUAACCUAAUAAAUUUUUUUCAGCAUCUGAAAGUACAUUUUUAA